CACAGCAGGUGUACAAUGCAGUAGACUGACGACACUGGCUAGUGAUUGAUGUUGUACGGAAGGGACUGAGAAGACCCAGUGCCCCUGACAAACCUACAAUCGUCAUCAGCGCCAGCGAUGUUGAAUCACUACAGUGGUGGGAUACCGUCAUGCCCACGAUCCAAAAGCUGGCAAUUCCCAUUCUUGGCGUGGAGUUGCUGUAUUCGAAGCGGUUAUCGACGUUGACCGAGGAGCCUGCAGCACCAGAUCCUGUGGCAUCAAAUGACAAGACUUGCGAGCAGGAAGAGGAGGAUAUGGAACAACCGCCAAACGCGGUGGUGACUGGAAAAGCCUACGAAGAAUUAGUUCACAUGGGCGCGUCGAUUGGUUGCAAGGGCUCACCCGGCACAGGCACCAUGGGUAUGGUCGUCCGUAUGAGGGGGAAAAGCUGCGCAGAGGCAGAUGAUUUUGGGCUUACAAACCACCAUGUGGUGUGUGGACAAGAGACUCUCAGGUCGAGUAAGACGGUUGGAUGCGGCUUGCAUGAUACUUGCUAACCCCCGCAGGCGUUGCCCCAGACGGAUCCCUCUCACCAGAAGCUUGCAUCU